GAAUGUGCAAACUUUAUCAGACAGGUGUGGCUCUGCUCCUGCUGCUGGAGUGGGAAUAAACACUUUAACCUCUUCUUUUAACAUCAAACGGUGUUGUAUUACAUGUCAGCCGCACAUUCACAGGAAUACUAUUGCACAGCCGCAGUAAGACGCGAUGGAGCCGUCUGUGGUGAACCUGUACAACCAGUUCCAGAGUCUCAGAGCCCAGGUGGACGGUCUGAAUGAGGGCAUUGAACCACAGUUCCUCCAGAUGGCAGUGAACUUUGAGGAGUGCCGUAAGAAGUGGCUGCAGGCAGGCGAUGAGCUGGUUUCCUGUAAAGAGAUGCUGGCUAAAGCAGAGACUGAGAGGGGAGCCCUGGAAGUGAAACUAAAGCACGCUCGCAACCAGGUGGAUGUAGAGAUCCGCCGGCGACAGAAGGCUGAAGCAGUCUAUGAAAAGCUGGAACGUCAGCUACAGCUGAUCCGGGAGCUGCUGAUAUCAGAGAACAACGGCAACAGUGUCCACCUGAGUGAGGAGCAGCGCUCUGCCCUGGCCUUCCUCAGUGCCCACUCUCAGGCAGCACAGUCUGCUAAAGGCAACCUCAACAAUAGCCGAAGGUUAGCUACCAUCGAUGAAUCAGCCUCUUUGCUGUCAGACAUCAGCUAUGACCAAACGGACGACUCUCUGGAUUGGAAUUCCUCUGUUGUGAGGACUGUGAGGCUGCGGAAACGCCAGAAACGACGUUCCUCCAGAAAACUCUCUGAGGUUCCUCCACAGGCCGUGAAGAAACCUCGCUCUACUGGACGCACAUCAGAUAGGAUGAAUGAGUCAAUCGUGGCCAAAACUACCAUCACUGUGCCUGUAAAUGGUGGUGCUGUCGAGGCUGUCUCCACCAUUGAAACUGUCCCUUACUGGACACGCAGCAGAAAGAAAAGUGUUGCUCCAGGGUGGGGUGAUACAACCACUACUGACCAAUCUGAGACUGCCAGUGAGGCUCCCAGCACACCUGUCUCAGAUUUCCCAGCUCGAACCCCCAAAGUUAAUGGGGGAGGAAAGAAGCACCACUUCAUCCCCAAAACAGUGAUCAAGUCUGAAUUCUGUGUACCAUGUGGAAGAAGAACAAAGUUUGGCAAGAUGUACCUCCGCUGCCAGGAUUGCAGGGUUGUGACCCAUCCAGAGUGUCGUGACCGCUGUCCCCUGCCCUGUAAUCCCACAGCUGUUAGCACUCCAAUCAAAAACACAGAGGCCACCCUGGCCGACUUUGCUCCAGUCACCUCCCCAAAGAUACCCGCUUUGGUUCUCUACUGCAUUAAGGAGAUUGAACACAGAGGCCUACAUGAGCUUGGCCUGUACAGACUCUCUGGACACGAGCGUUUGGUGAAAGAGCUGAAGGAGAAGCUGAUUAGAGGAAAGACUCUACCUCCGCUUAGCAAAAUAGAAGACAUCAAUGUGAUUACAGGUGUCCUCAAAGACUUCUUCAGAAACCUUCCAGAGCCACUUCUCACCUUCCACCUCAACAAAGUCUUCAUGGAAGCAGCUGAAAUCCAGGAUGACGGCAACAGUCUUGCCAUGUUGUACCAGACCAUUAGUGAGCUGCCUCAACCCAACCGAGACACUCUGGCCUGCCUGAUGAUUCAUCUGCAAAAGGUGUCUGAAAGCGUGGAUACCAAAAUGGAUGUGAACAACCUGGCCAGGGUUUUUGGCCCAACCCUUGUGGGUCAUGCUGUUCCUGAUCCUGACCCUAUGACAAUUUUGCAUGACACAAAUCGACAACCGAGGGUGGUGGAGCGCUUGCUCCAUAUUCCAGCGAGCUACUGGAGCCAGUUUGCCUUUCCUGAGAAUCCAGCCAUGGACAGUGCUCACCAGUUUAAUACUCCAGACCACAAAGUGAGCAUAUUGGGGCCAGUGACCACUCCAGAGCACCAGAUGAUGGCUAAAACACCUUCCUCAAGCUCGCUGUCCCAGCGCAUGAUGCAGACCCUCUCCAGCACCACCAUAUUUGGGAGCAAGAGCAAAGCAACGGCUGCCUCUAACCGUCAGGGCAACUUCUUUGCUUCUCCACAGCUGAAGUAAUGAAGGAGGAAAACAAAAAGUUAAUCCAUGUUGUACUUUGGGUUUACUUACUGCAAUAACCAAAUAUAUAUAUUCACAUAAUCAUGUGGGAAAACUACUGUGCAAUUUUUUAUUACUGAAUUUUUUUUUAUUCAAGUGUUCUAACCAAGACUUUCUAGCCAGUUUUUUUCUUUGAAGAGUGUUUGUUUUUAAUGUCUUUAAUAACUUUGAUUUAGUAUCGACCAAAGCUGUGGUCACGCUUAUGUGAUUGUUAGAGGUUUAACUCUCAACCAGGUAUAACCAGCCAUUCUAAAGCAAUCCAAGGCUCAUAAUUUUCUAUUAACACUUGGCAUUGAUGUUCCUAAGCUAUGUAGUCAUUGGUGUUUGCCCAUAUGUUAGCCUGUGGUUGUAACCACAGCGACAAAGAUGCACAAGCACACAUGAGAUACACAGCUGGACUGGACAAAGAGAAAAGAAGUCGUAUUAUUGGCCAGUGUCUCUUUGUCUUUUGGCUUUGGUUGCUUUGUUAUUGUUUUCUAAACUGACAUUGGUUUCCUGCUUUAACUCUUUGUUUUAUAUGUAUGUUGAUUGUUUGGUAUUACAUGUAACACUCGUGACUUAUUUGCCUUAACAAUAUUGCAAUGUAAACACUGAUACUGAAUGGGGAAUUAUGUUGCUUUUUGCACUGUAUGCCUGUAAUAUAUUUUCGACCUGAAAAUACACACCACUAGAGGCUGCUCUUGCACCACUUUUGAUAUGCAGACCUUUACCAAUCUACUGUUUAUUAUGCACAUAACCAGUCAGAGUUACUGACACUUCUUUUAUUAUCAGCAGAUCAUUAGAAGUGCUGUAAGUUAUAUCUAUAACCUAGGGCUCUUAGGUCAGUGUUUCUUCUCUCCCAAACCAGAGAUCUGAGACUCACAUCUGUGGUCGUCACAAAAUAAAAUCUGGAGCUUCCUUAAUUUAUGAAUGUGAAAACCGAUUUGCGUGCACAGUUACUGUUUUAAGUGUUUGUAUCCACAGUAGCGUUCUUGUACAGUUACAUCGCCAGUAAUGCAUAAGAAGUGACCCUCAGUGUCUCUGAGAAAAAGUCUUCCCUCUGCUGCUCUCACUGUCAUUAUUACAAACUCCAGAUUUUAGCAUGGUACAAGUACUUGUUAUUUUGGGGGGAAUGUGCACACUGACAGUAUUUUCUCGUUAAAACCAGAUCUAGCUGUGUUUUGCUUGCCAGUAGGAAAUAUGCAUAGUUUGAGGUUGUUCUACACCUUUAACAUUGCUUUGUUUUAUAUGUAUUAUUAUCCAUUCUUUAUACAUUUAUACCAUCAUAUGAUUCUGUGUCUCUAAUGAAAUAUUGUCUGAUGAAGUUACUUUCACUUUAAAGAUCUCGUGGACUGAAUGUUAAUGUUCAUUCCUUUUUCUUAGCUCAAAUAAGAUCAAAUCCAUAGUUGAGCUAAAAAUAAAACAUCAAAAG